AUGGCGGGGGCAUCCGUGAAGGUGGCGGUGCGCGUCCGGCCCUUCAACUCCCGCGAGAUGAGCCGGGAAUCUAAAUGUAUUAUCCAGAUGUCAGGAAGCACCACCACUAUCCUCAACCCGAAGCAGCCCAAAGAGACACCAAAAAGCUUCAGCUUUGACUAUUCCUACUGGUCCCACACCACGCCCGCAGACAUCAACUAUGCAUCUCAGAAGCAAGUGUACCGGGACAUCGGCGAGGAGAUGUUGCAACAUGCCUUUGAAGGCUAUAAUGUCUGCAUCUUUGCCUAUGGUCAGACAGGUGCUGGAAAAUCCUACACCAUGAUGGGGAAGCAGGAAAAGGACCAGCAAGGCAUCAUCCCGCAGCUGUGUGAGGACCUCUUCUCCCGCAUCAACGAGACAACGAAUGACAACAUGUCCUACUCCGUGGAGGUGAGCUACAUGGAGAUAUAUUGCGAGCGCGUGAGGGACCUCCUGAACCCCAAGAACAAGGGGAACCUGCGGGUGAGGGAGCAUCCCCUUAUGGGCCCAUAUGUUGAGGACCUUUCCAAGCUGGCCGUGACCUCCUACAACGACAUCCAGGACCUCAUGGACUCUGGGAACAAGGCCCGCACGGUGGCUGCCACCAACAUGAACGAGACAAGCAGCCGCUCCCAUGCCGUGUUCAACAUCAUCUUCACGCAGAAGCGGCACGAUGCUGAGACGGACAUCACUACUGAGAAGGUCAGCAAAAUCAGCUUGGUGGACUUGGCAGGGAGUGAGCGAGCUGACUCCACUGGUGCGAAGGGCACAAGACUAAAGGAAGGAGCAAACAUCAACAAGUCCUUGACCACACUGGGGAAAGUCAUCUCCGCCCUAGCCGAAAUGGAUUCGGGGCCAAACAAGAACAAAAAGAAGAAGAAGACAGAUUUCAUCCCCUACCGGGACUCGGUGCUGACCUGGCUGCUGCGGGAGAACCUGGGGGGCAACUCCAGGACAGCCAUGGUUGCUGCUCUCAGUCCUGCUGACAUCAAUUAUGACGAGACCCUCAGCACCCUCAGGUACGCCGACCGUGCCAAGCAGAUCCGCUGCAAUGCCGUCAUCAAUGAGGAUCCCAACAAUAAGCUCAUCCGGGAGCUGAAGGACGAGGUGGCACGCCUGCGUGACCUUCUCUAUGCCCAGGGCCUUGGGGACAUCAUUGACACCCAUCCUGCUGCGGGAGGAUCCAAAUUGACCAACGCCAUCGCUGGGAUCAGCCCCUCUUCCUCCCUGUCGGCCUUAUCCAGCCGUGCUGCCUCCGUUGCCAGCCUCCAUGAGCGCAUCAUGUUUGCUCCAGGCAGUGAAGAAGCGAUCGAAAGGCUCAAGGAAACGGAGAAGAUUAUUGCGGAGCUGAAUGAGACAUGGGAGGAGAAGCUGCGGAGGACAGAAGCAAUCCGGAUGGAGAGGGAAGCGUUGCUGGCUGAAAUGGGGGUAGCCAUGAGGGAGGACGGAGGCACCUUGGGUGUUUUCUCUCCUAAAAAGACACCCCACUUGGUCAACCUGAAUGAGGACCCGCUCAUGUCCGAGUGUCUUCUCUACUACAUCAAGGAUGGGAUAACAAGGGUUGGCCGGGAAGAUGCAGAGAAGAGGCAGGACAUCGUUCUUAGCGGGCACUUCAUUAAGGAAGAGCAUUGCCUUUUCCGCAGCGACACCAAAACCGGCGGUGAAGUUAUAGUCACCCUGGAGCCCUGUGAAGGUGCCGACACCUAUGUGAAUGGCAAAAAGGUGACGGAGCCCAGCAUCCUGCGCUCAGGAAAUCGCAUCAUCAUGGGGAAGAGCCACGUCUUCCGCUUCAACCACCCCGAGCAGGCUCGGCAGGAGCGGGAGAGGACCCCGUGCGCUGAGACCCCUGCUGAGCCUGUGGACUGGGCUUUCGCUCAAAGAGAGCUGCUGGAGAAGCAGGGCAUCGACAUGAAGCAGGAGAUGGAGCAGCGGCUUCAGGAACUGGAGGACCAGUACCGGAGGGAGCGGGAGGAGGCAAACUACCUUCUCGAGCAGCAGAGGCUGGACUAUGAGAGCAAAUUGGAGGCUUUGCAGAAGCAGAUGGACUCUAGGUAUUACCCUGAGGCAAACGAGGAAGAGGAAGAACCUGAGGAUGAAGUGCAGUGGACGGAGCGGGAGUUUGAGCUGGCCCUCUGGGCCUUUAGGAAGUGGAAGUGGUACCAGUUCACCUCCCUCCGCGACCUGCUUUGGGGAAACGCCAUCUUCCUCAAGGAAGCCAAUGCCAUCAGUGUGGAGCUGAAGAAGAAGGUCCAGUUCCAGUUUGUGCUACUCACUGACACGCUGUACUCGCCUCUUCCUCCUGAUCUGCUGCCUCCUGAUGCUGCCAAGGACCGGGAGAAGCGGCCAUUCCCCCGGACCAUUGUGGCCGUAGAGGUGCAGGACCAGAAGAAUGGGGCAACGCAUUACUGGACCCUGGAGAAGCUGAGGCAACGCCUGGACCUGAUGCGCGAAAUGUAUGACCGUGCAGCAGAAGUGCCUUCUAGCGUCAUCGAGGACUGCGACAAUGUGGUGACUGGUGGAGAUCCUUUCUACGACCGCUUUCCCUGGUUCAGGCUGGUUGGCAGUUCAGAUAUCUCUGGCUGCAACAGCUCUCCUCUUUUCAACACAUGCAUGAGCGAGCGCAUGGCUGAUCUCACCCCCUCCCCUACCUUCUCGAACCCCGACUCCGACAUCACCGAGCCUGCUGACGAGCAGCACCAGGGGCAGGAGGAGGAGGAGGAGGAGGAGGAGGCGGAGGACCUGGAGGAAGACAUCUUUCCGGAGUGCCCGCUGUGUGAUGGCCGGGAUCCAUUUUACGACCGCUCCCCCCUGUUCAGUUUAGUAGGAAGGCAGGAGCCGGAGGGGCUCACGACGGUGAAGCUCCCCCCGCUGGGGCUGCCCCGAUGGUUGGAGCUGGAGCUCUUCCUCGCGGAUGAGGAAGCCCCUGACUACGGCUCCGGCGUGCGGCAGUCGGGGACAGCCAAGAUAUCCUUUGAUGACCAGCAUUUUGAGAAGUUCCAGUCAGAGUCGUGCCCGGCUGUGGGGAUGUCUCGCUCGGGGACUUCCCAGGAGGAACUGCGCAUCGUUGAAGGCCAGGGGCAGGUCAGCGAUGUGGGGCCCUCUGCCGAUGAAGUCAACAACAACACCUGCACAGACCCUCCCCUCCUUGCAGUGACCCCAGAAGACCUUCUCCUGGACAGCCCAGAGAAGCCUGCACCGGAUGGGCCACUGGAGACAGCUCUGGACCACCUGAAGCUGGGCAGCAUCUUCACUUUCCGCGUGACAGUCCUGCAAGCCUCCAGCAUCUCUGCAGAAUACGCAGACAUUUUCUGCCAGUUCAACUUCAUCCAUCGCCACGACGAGGCCUUUUCAACAGAGCCCUUGAAGAACACAGGACGGGGGCCACCACUGGGUUUCUUCUUUCUCCUCUAGAUCGCUGUGGAGGUGACCAAGUCCUUCAUUGAAUACAUCAAGAGCCAGCCGAUUGUAUUUGAAGUCUUCGGGCACUACCAGCAGCACCCGUUCCCUCCCCUCUGCAAAGACGUCCUGAGUCCGCUGAGGCCAUCGCGGCGCCACUUCCCCCGUGUGAUGCCACUCUCCAAACCAGUGCCUGCCACAAAGCUGAGCACCAUGACUCGGCCCAGUGCCGGCCCCUGCCAGUGCAAGUACGACCUGAUGGUCUUCUUCGAGAUCUGUGAGCUGGAGGCCAAUGGCGACUACAUCCCUGCAGUCGUGGACCAUCGCGGAGGCAUGCCGUGCCAUGGGACCUUCCUCCUCCACCAGGGCAUCCAGAGGAGAAUCACUGUAACCUUGGUGCACGAAACGGGCAGCCUCAUCCGCUGGAAGGAAGUGCGGGAGCUGGUUGUGGGUCGGAUCCGGAACACCCCAGAAGCAGAUGAGUCUCUCAUUGACCCCAACAUCCUGUCCUUGAACAUCCUCUCCUCUGGGUACAUCCACCCUUCCCAGGAUGACCGGACUUUCUACCAGUUUGAGACGGCAUGGGACAGCUCCAUGCACAACUCGUUGCUGCUCAACCGUGUCACCCCGUACCGGGAGAAAAUCUACAUCACCCUUUCUGCCUACAUCGAGAUGGAGAACUGCGCUCAGCCUGCUGUCAUCACCAAAGACUUCUGCAUGGUUUUCUACUCCCGGGACGCCAAGCUUCCUGCCUCCCGCUCCAUCCGCAACCUUUUCGGCAGUGGCAGCCUGCGGGCUUCUGAGAGCAAUCGUGUGACAGGAGUCUAUGAGCUCAGCCUCUGCCGCGUGGCCGACGCUGGCAGCCCAGGCAUGCAGAGACGGCGCCGGCGUGUCCUGGAUACCUCUGUAGCCUAUGUGCGGGGAGAGGAGAAUCUGGCUGGCUGGCGGCCCCGCAGCGACAGCCUCAUCCUCGACCAUCAGUGGGAGCUGGAGAAACUCAGUCUUUUGCAAGAAGUGGAGAAGACAAGGCACUACUUGCUCCUGCGCGAGAAGCUGGAGACGACCCAGCGCCUGGGCCUGGAGACCCUGUCCCCCUGCUCCAGUGAGGACUCUGAGUCCCGAAGCACGUCCUGCGUCUCCUCCCCGCUCUCUGUCGACGGGCCCCCUGAGGGCCGUACCUCUCUCCCUGAGACCCCCAGUGAGCGGCAGAAGGAGCUGGCAGUGAAGUGCUUGCGCCUGCUCACGCACACCUUCAACAGGGAGUACAGCCACAGCCACGUCUGCAUUAGCGCCAGCGAGAGCAAGCUAUCCGAAAUGUCUGUGACUCUGAUGAGAGACCCCUCCAUGCCAGCUCUUGGGGUCACCACUCUGACCCCUUCCUCGACCUGCCCAUCGCUGGUGGAAGGACGCUACAACACCAUGGAGGUCAGACCACCCCAGGUCUCCUCCAGAGCAGAGAGCCCUGACCUGGAACCUCCAGUAGAAGGAGAGCAGAAGAAGUCCCCAGCCUGCCGGCCUGAGGAUGAGAAGGAGCCUCAGCGUUUGCUGGUGCCUGACAUCCAGGAGAUCCGGGUCAGCCCCAUCGUCUCCAAAAAGGGCUACUUGCACUUCAUGGAGCCCCACACCAAUGGAUGGGUGAAGCGCUUUGUGGUGGUCCGGCGUCCAUACGUCUACAUCUACAACUCGGACAAGGACGCGGUUGAGAGGGCCAUACUCAACCUCUCCAAGGCCCAGGUGGAGUACAGCGAGGACCAGCAGGCCAUGCUCAAGACCCCGAACACAUUUGCGGUGUGCACGGAGCACCGGGGCAUCCUGCUGCAGGCGAGCAGCGACAAGGACAUGCACGACUGGCUCUACGCCUUCAACCCCCUCCUGGCUGGAUCCAUAAGGUCCAAGCUGUCCAGAAGGAGAACAGCCCAGAUGAGAAUCUAACCUGAAAACCACCCUCCACCUCAUCCAUCUGCCAACAGGAUCAAGAUAGCUGAUUCUGUCUCAAGACUCCCCAUGUUAACGUCUGAUCUCUCACACCAUCUGCUGCCCCAGCUGUCUGCUCCAUGGAAGGAUCUGUCUCGAUUCACACCUUCACGGGGGAAACUCACUUCCGUUCGUAGCUGCAAAAGUCUGGACCCACCUGGGCAAGAUUUCUUGUGCGUGGUGCCAUCUUCUGCCCGUCCCCCUAUGGGUGACCUUCAUGUCACACCAUCUAUAACGCUCCAGAAAGGUCCCUGUCGGAGGGGAGGGAGCAAGGAAGGUGGUUUUGGCUAAAAGCUGGUCUUCAAUCUACAGAGGUGGGAGUGCGGUAAAGCUAGGAGAUGGGAGAGCAGGAGGAAUUGCCUCCAUGUCAAGGGAAAGUGGUAGUUUAGGUAUGGGGAUUUGCUAGUUUAUUGAUGUUUCUGCAA